AGAAAAACAAAAGCUCCGCCACGUGCCGCCGCGAAACGGCGGUGCACCGGUGACUCCAAAACCGGCUCCUCAUUUAAGGCUCAACUGGGGCACACCCCUCCCUGGUGUGGUGCGUGGCUGUACCACUCUAACUAAGAGAGAGAAACUAAAACUAAAACGAAAGAAAUGAAGAGAGAGAAAGUAGUGUGUAGUGUGUAGUAGUGCAGUGAGUGUAGAGAGAUACUGUUAGAUGGCACCUCUUUAAGUCCCUUCUUUUCUUUCUCCGCGUUUUCUCUCACAAACCCAACGACGCUUUUAAAGCUCCUCCAUCAGUUACGCUUUCUUUUCACUUUGUGACACAAUAUAAUCAAUAUUCACUUACAUAUAUUAUUAUUUUUUUAAUUAUAUUCAUUUAUACUAUGCUAUAUUUAAAAGGGUUCAUUCAUUCAUUCAUAGCGCAGCACAGCAUAUAGGGAGGGUGCACACUGAGAGAGAGAGAAGAGGGAGUGGUGUUGUGUUGGUGAGUGGAUGGUUUUUCUUUCUUUUCUUUUUUCUCUUGGUUGAUUGUUAAUAGAUCAUCAUCGUCUUCUGUAUUCAGCAGCAUCCCUUGAGAUUUGCCAUAACUCACUCUCUCACCCUCCCAAAUCAUGCCGCUAUCUUUGAUGCUCACAUCCGUUUCAGAAUAAUAUAUAAUUAAUAAAAAUUAUAUGUUGUUUUGAUUGUUGAUGUUAUGAUGUGUUUUAUUAUUUUUUGCCAUUUUGCUUUUGCUUCAUUCUCAAAACCACACACACACACAACAGCAUAAUAGCCAUAUAGCCUUAUAGCCAUACCCAUCAAAAAUCACAUCACAAAAGUUCUCUCUCUUUUCCCACACCCUCCUUCUUCCAAACUCCCUUUUGCUUCUUCUUCUUGUUUUUGUCUCUUAAGAUUUGUUUCUUCUGUCUCCUUUUUUAUUUUGUUUUGUUUUGUUUCUCAAUGGUUUUGAUGUCAUGGGAGUAGUUGCUGAUUCAGUGGAGACAAAGUGGUGGUGGUGGGAGUGAGUGAUCAAGAGAGAGAGAGAGAGAAAAGACAAAAAUGGAGUUUGGAAGUGGUUCUCCUGGUGAUCGCCAUCAUCACCAUGAUGGUUCUUCUGAUUCCCAGCGAAGGAAGAAGCGUUACCACCGUCACACAGCUAACCAGAUUCAAAGGCUUGAAUCGAUGUUCAAGGAGUGUCCGCACCCAGAUGAGAAGCAGAGAUUGCAGUUGAGUAGGGAGUUAGGCUUGGCGCCUAGACAGAUCAAAUUUUGGUUCCAGAACAGGAGGACCCAGAUGAAGGCUCAGCAUGAGAGAGCUGAUAAUUGUGCACUCCGGGCAGAGAAUGAUAAGAUACGUUGUGAGAACAUAGCCAUAAGGGAAGCCUUGAAAAAUGUUAUCUGCCCCUCUUGUGGUGGUCCUCCUAUGAAUGAUGAUUGUUAUUUUGAUGAACAGAAGUUGAGAUUGGAGAAUGCCCAACUCAAAGAGGAGCUUGAUAGAGUAUCUAGCAUUGCAGCUAAGUACAUUGGAAGGCCAAUUUCUCAACUCCCACCUGUUCAGCCUAUCCACAUAUCUUCUCUGGACUUGUCAAUGGGGACUUUUGCAAGCCAAGGGUUGGGUGGCCCUUCCCUUGAUCUUGAUCUUCUCCCAGGGAGUUCUUCAUCAUCCAUGCCGAAUGUGCCUCCUUUCCAACCCCCUUGUCUUUCGGACAUGGAUAAGUCCCUCAUGUCAGACAUUGCCUCAAAUGCCAUGGAGGAAAUGAUCAGGCUAUUGCAAACAAAUGAGCCCUUGUGGAUGAAAGGUGCUGAUGGGAGGGAUGUGCUUGAUCUUGAUUCCUAUGAAAGGAUGUUCCCCAAGGCUAAUAGUCACUUGAAGAACCCCAAUGUUCACGUUGAAGCUUCUAGAGAUUCAGGAGUUGUUAUUAUGAAUGGCUUAACUUUGGUUGACAUGUUUAUGGACCCGAACAAGUGGAUGGAGCUAUUUUCCACCAUUGUCACAAUGGCUAGAACAAUUGAGGUUAUAUCUUCUGGAAUGAUGGGUGGCCAUGGUGGUUCUUUGCAAUUGAUGUAUGAGGAGUUGCAAGUGCUUUCUCCACUUGUUUCUACUAGAGAAUUCUAUUUCCUGCGUUACUGUCAACAAAUUGAACAAGGCUUAUGGGCAAUAGUAGAUGUUUCAUAUGAUUUUACUCAAGAUAACCAAUUUGCUCCUCAAUUUCGAUCUCACCGUCUUCCUUCUGGUGUCUUUAUCCAAGACAUGCCUAAUGGAUAUUCCAAGGUUACUUGGAUUGAACAUGUAGAGAUUGAAGACAAAACCCCAGUUCAUAGGCUCUAUAGAAACAUUAUUUACAGUGGCAUUGCAUUUGGAGCACAAAGAUGGCUAACUACACUUCAGAGGAUGUGUGAAAGGAUUGCUUGUCUAUUGGUGACAGGAAAUUCAACCCGUGAUCUUGGAGGAGUGAUUCCUUCUCCUGAGGGCAAGAGGAGCAUGAUGAAACUUGCACAAAGAAUGGUCACCAAUUUUUGUGCAAGCAUUAGUUCAUCAGCUGGCCACAGAUGGACCACACUCUCUGGGAGUGGCAUGAAUGAGGUUGGAGUCAGAGUCACUGUGCACAAGAGCUCAGACCCUGGCCAACCUAAUGGUGUGGUUCUAAGUGCAGCUACCACCAUUUGGCUCCCCAUCCCUCCACAAACUGUGUUCAAUUUCUUUAAGGAUGAAAAGAAAAGGCCUCAGUGGGAUGUUCUUUCCAAUGGCAAUGCUGUGCAAGAGGUUGCUCAUAUAGCAAAUGGUUCACACCCUGGUAACUGCAUAUCUGUGCUUCGAGCAUUCAACUCAAGUCAAAACAACAUGCUGAUCCUCCAGGAGAGCUGUGUGGACUCCUCAGGUUCCCUAGUGGUGUACUGUCCAGUUGAUCUGCCAGCCAUCAACAUAGCAAUGAGUGGUGAGGACCCUUCUUACAUCCCUCUCCUUCCCUCAGGUUUCACCAUUUCCCCGGACGGCCAAGCCGACCAAGACGGCGGAGGAGCCUCAACCAGCACAAGCAGCAGGGUCAUGGGGGGUGGUUCUGGUUCUGGUGGCUCACUCAUCACUGUUGCAUUCCAAAUCCUAGUGAGUAGCUUGCCAUCUGCCAAACUCAACAUGGAGUCGGUGACAACUGUUAAUAGCCUCAUUGGCAACACUGUCCAACACAUUAAGGCUGCUUUGAAUUGUCCUAGUUCCUGAUGCUGCUGCUGCUUGUGUUGUUCUAGUUUCCUUUACUCACUCUCUUCUUCCCUCCUCCCCUUCCUUAAAUCAAUGCUUAUCAGAAAAUGGUUCAGACCUGAGGCUAUUUGUGCUGGUGCUAUAAUCAAUGUGUGGGAGAAGUGUUUUGGGUUAGUUGGGACAAUUCAAUGCCCCCUCAUCAAGACCACAAGCCCUCAUUAUUUACUGCUCCAGCUGAUGGUAGAGCUGUAUUUUGCUUCAAAGGGUUCAACUUUCAUUACCUUUCACACCAACUACCAGAUUUAUUUUCUUUUAUUUUUAAGGGUGAGGUUAAGAAAGAUGCAUCUUUUUUUUUUCUUUCCAAAACAAAUUUAUGGUUUGUUAUUUUGCAUACUUUUGCUUUGGAACAAGAAGUAGUAGUAGUAAUAGUUGUUGUCUUAGAAGAGGGAGUCAAGAACGCACCAUAUAUAUAUAUAUAUACGUGGGGGGUGUUUUUAUUCUCUACAUUCCUAGAUUAGCUAGCACUCCAUGGAAAAUGUAUAUGGUUCGGGCAUUGACUUCCUGUGAAGGGACUUGAUUAUUAUUAUUAUUAUUAUUAUUCAUUAUUUAUUGUUGUUCA